AUGAAGCUGUCGUCCACUGUUUCGACCACGCUUUUGGUGUUCGCAGCGUUUGGGUCUCAGCUAGUGUCUGGCCACGGAUAUCUGGUGCAACCGCUAGCCAAGUUCAUCAGCGUUAACAUUGAUAAGACGCAGUACUCGUCGACCAUUGACAGCUACAAACUGUUCCCCGGUGGGACGUUCAAUACAGACCCGACAAUCAACAUCAAGUCCUUCGUGGAACAUUUCGAGAAGUCCAAGUACAAGAGCAUCAGGACAAUGAUCGAGGAUAAGCAGGUGCUCGUGUCGGACGACGCCACGGCCACCUGCGGGUUCUCGUCGCCGGAAAAGACCAGCUAUGGCGCGCUCAAUGAUACUGUAUACUGGGGCAGGAACGAUGACAUUACGCAGGACGAGGGUCUCGUGCACCCGGGCCCGUGCGAAGUCUGGUGCGACGACAACCGCGCCCAGCAAGAUAUGAACUGUAUGAAGACGUACACUCCUGCCUCUGGCAAAGGCGCAGCUCCUAUCCCGAUCGACAAGUCGGUGUGUACGGACGCCAAACGUCUGACCUUCUUCUGGAUCGGCAUGCACGGCGCAACGUGGCAGGUUUACAUUAACUGCGUCAACAUCAACGGUGGGACUGGAGGCGCGGACUCGAGCCCGACGACGUCACAAACAACUUCCGACACGACUUCUCCAUCUUCGAACGCAGCGCCAACGGCAUCAAGCAACGAGCAGGAGUCCACUGACGAUACCCCUGAAGUUGAGGCCACACCCGCUCCUGCUAGAACUCCUUCUCCUGUCGUGACUCCGAGUACAGAGGAAGUUGAAGUUACACCCGCUCCAGCCAAAACCCCGACUCCAGCCGCGACUCCAAGUGUAGCUGAGGGCAGCACUGCCGGCGAAGCCUCAAUAACGGGAGCGAAGUGCUCUCGCCGUCGCAUCCGCGGCUAG